GAGGAAUUUGAGGUGUGAAUGGUCAUUAACAUAUCUUUUGUUUCCAAGGGUGGGAGAGGUCUGAGGUGUGAAUGGUCAUUAACAUAUCUUUUGUUUCCAAGGGUUGGAUAGGUCUGAGGUGUGAAUUGGUCAUUAACAUAUCUUUUGUUUCCAAGGGUGGGAGAGGUCUGAGGUGUGAAUUGUUCAUUAACAGAUCUUUUGUUUCCAAGGGUGGGAGAGGUCUGAGGUGUGAAUGGUCAUUAACAUAUCUUUUGUUUCCCAAGGGUGGGAGAGGUCUGAGGUGUGAA